GAAGUCACUAGCCAAGUCUCUGAAACCUCUUGCCAAUCAAAACUCUUGCUAGCCCAAUCCCUGGUAACUCUUCUCAACUCAGUCCCUGGUAACCUUGUCCAUUUUCUAGAACAUCCCAUGACGUCGCUUGAGGAGCCGUUCUUUCCAGCCCAGCUGGUACAGGAAAGAUAUCGCCGAAACCGGACGAAACAUUUGCGUGAAUGCAGCGUGACCGAGGGCCCUGUCCUAGCCGAGCUGGAUUCAGCGCUAGCAUCAGGUCAGAACACUCCCAGGUAUGUUUAUGCGGACGCCAAUCUCCACCAGUCCAGCACUAAUCUAAGGAAAAGAGGCCGGGGGAGCGUUCCAGAUGAACACGGGUUCUAUUCGGCAUCCACUUCGCCCACCAAUGAAACGCCUUCUAUUCCUCCCCGUCCUGGCCUGCCAGAGAAAGCCGGCUCACCGAAACGUUCAUACACACAGUCCGCACUCAACACCACGUAUCUCAUCGGAAGCUACUUUCCAGAGAUCUUUGCCAUUCGGCUAAAUCCGCUAGAUAAAGUACGGGACUUGAAGCACGUCUACCGGGAUGUCUUUUCCACAGGGAGCGAGCUUUCAGUGAGCGAAGAGCACCCCUAUGACGAGCAACUAGACCAAAUAUUGGCCAAUUUGGAUGCUUCGGCCAAGAAGCUCCUUUUGGAAAAGCUCCUCAAAGAAAGAGAGCCUCAGACACCGCUAGACGCAGAAUAUAACGGGGGUCCCAUCCAGCUGCACUCUCUUGGCGUCCAGUACCCUGACAACAUCGAGCUCCUUCCACCUAUAAAAAGGAUUGAAAUUUUGAUCAUUAAGCUGAUCCAGUUGGGAUUUGUUCUUCUCCACGUGUUCAUUCCCAUCUUGCACAAGAUGUACCUCAAGUUUGUCAAUAAUCAGUUUUUUAUCAUGAACUUGAAGAACCUCAAUCGGUUGUUGAAUUGGGCCAUUGCCUGGCUCUUAUACGUGGACGAAGCUUUCUUGACUAAGAACCAGGAAAAUACGGCUGCUGAGUUUGCCUCUCCCGAGCCAGAAGCCCAUGACGAUGCCAGCGUCGUGGUUUACUCCCCCCAGGAGCUCGAAAAGCUAGAUGAGUUCAACCGGUUGAUAAGCAAGAACUUGUCCGACUUGGAAGAAAGGGACCGAAAGUCGCAGCUGCCCACGAAAUCUGCCGCCAGUGCCAUUACACAGUCGCUCAGACUGAAAGCCAUGAGCUAUGUGUCUGAUAAAAUCGUGGAAUCCAUAUUAUAUCCUCCUGAAAGACCCUCAUCGAGCUCAAGACCUAGGAGCGUGGCCAACAACCCACAAAUGUACGCUGCCACAAGUUCCGCAGGCUCCUCUCGGCCUUCGUCACGAGCCUUUGACUCUUCAAAUUCAGGGUCCGACUCCACUUCGCCUAAUAAGUUCAAAGAUGAUCCGUCGUUUGGAAAUGUGGUUGAGAAUUUUGUUCGCAGUAUGCAAUAGGCAUGGAUAUUGCGAGGGAUAGAUUUUAGAGCCAGGGGGGACUGCGUAACGCAUAUGUAUAAAUGGAUUGGAUGUGGAUAGGGGGUAUUAGAUAGAAUAAAAAGGGCACACAGCACACGGAGUCUGACAGGAGACAGUACGGCGAAUGCUCUCAGUUACCCAGGUAAAUGGUACCGAUGGUUUACGUCAGCCCUAUGGCCGAAACCAAGCUAUCCUUCAAUCACCUUUCCAGUCUACAGAAUGUACUUUAAAGAGAUUAGUACCAGUAUGGUGAACCUACCCUAACUUUUGCCUCGAAGUCUUAGUGUUAUAGUCAUACCUGCCGGGCGUAAGUUUGCGCGUCCCUUUGGCCUAAUAUUAAAUAAAUUCUAUAAUCUGCGACCUUU